AGAGAUGCGUUGCUCUGGAUCUUCAAUUGGAAAGGCAGAACUCACCUCAGUUUUUGUCAUGUCCGACUCCUUGGCAGCUGACCAAGCUUUGGUAAUAAGAAGGGCCAGAGCAGAGUCGAUUUGAUUCUUUUUUGCCAGCUCCCUCCCUCCCCUUUUCGUCGUUUUUUCUUUCCCGCAGCAGAACAACUAUCCAAAAAAAUGGAUUUUCCUGGCUUUGUGAAUGAAACUAUCAUUGAUACUACGGUGGACGAUUUUUGGGCUGAUUGGGCUGAAACAACCGGUGGUUGUCGACUUGAAGGAGAUUUUCCGGUGGAGGAUGAAGGUGAGCGAGAACCGGCGGCGCCCACGGCUGAACAUGACGGACAACCAGAGGCGGCGGGUGAACUUGACGGAGAACCGGCCAUGGACGACGUCCCUGAGCUUGAUGGAGCAAUUAAGCAAAAUGAGAGUGAUGAUGGUUCUAUACAAGCUCCGGAUGUCGGUAUGGAAUUUGAUAGCAAAGAAGCGGUGUAUAAUUUCUACAAGGCAUAUGGGAAGCGUUUAGGAUUUCCCGUAAGAACUGGGAGUACCACGAAACACAAAAAUGGAGUAGAUAUAGUUGGAGUGUUACUAGAGUGCUCUCAUGCCGGUAGUAGAUCUACUAGGUCAAAAAAUCAAUUGAAGCCUCAACCUUCAAUGCAAAUGGGAUGUGGAGCAAAAAUACGAGCACGCACAAAUUAUGCGGGACAUUGGGAAAUUUCAAAAAUCUGUCUUGAGCAUACCCAUGCCAUGAGUCCAACUAAGGCUCGCCUAUUCCGGUGCUAUAGGACUUUGACUCCCCAAGCAAUGAGGCAAGUUGCAAUCAACGAUGUGGCCGGAAUACGACUUCAUAAAACCUUCAAUGCAGCCGUUGUUGAAGCCG